CUCCCCCUAAUCCUUGAUCCAGCAGUGCUGGGCACUGAGCACAGGGUGAGCAGCUAGGCACACACAGGCACACAGCUCUGUGCCUGACUGCAGGCCUUUGGCUCUGGGGCACCACAAGCAACGAGUAAUCACCCGUGGUCUCCUGCAGGGAGAAAUGUUCGGCUUCUGCCUCCCCUGGAAAACACUGUUGGUUCUAUGUUUAGCAGUUCUUCUUGCAGAUUUUACCAAAAUCCGAGCUUUUGCCGGUCAAAGUGAAUGCAAAAGUACAACCAUAGAUGAUGUGAAUGGGUUUCUCAAGAAAUUUUCAAAAUGCAUGCCUGAAAUCAUUGCCAAGGGUGAAAAAGCUUCAGUCAAUUUCCUGGCAUGGACACUGCAAGGAACUCUUGAUCUGCUGCGCCCUGUUCAGGAGCAAUUUUGCAAGCAGCUACCUCCAUGCCCACGCCCAGUGGCCCCAAAAAACGGGGGGCUGGUGUGUGUGACCAUUGACAACACUCAGUACUGCAAACCCAUGUGCAACCAGGGUUAUGACUUCCAGUUCCUCAGGAGCAGCAGGCUGUAUGAGGAGUGUGGCAAUGCCACAGGCUUCUCCUGGACCACGCAGCUGCUUGGGGAAAAGGUGCUGGCAGUCUGCAGCCCCUCUGAGGUGGCCAUCAGUGGAGCUAAAUCUGCCUAUUUCCCCAGCAACAGCACCUGUGUGCACACGGCUGCCUUCCCUGAGGCUCAGGCAGAGCAGCUGAACACCUUCCUGCGGGAGCUGGCCGAGCGCGGCAUCGACGGCUCCAGCCGGGACCUGGGGGCUGACUGUGUCACCUGUGGCUACUGACAGCAGCCUGGGCACAGCCAGCCUCUCGCAGCAUCACAGAGCACUGAAAUCACGGCUAGCACCUGUGAACACACAGCUUUUAUUUUGUUUAAAGGUCUGGAGAUCGUAGUCAUGACCUCAGCUUUGGGUAUGGAUAUACAGGCGAAAUCUAAUCCCGCAGCUCAUGGCAAGACUGUCAAAGAGAGAAGACAACUUUUAUGGCUUUAAUUUGUCUAGCUGGAAUUAAGCAAGAUUUUUUAAACAGUUUAUUAAUAGAUACCUUCCUAUUGGCUUAAAUUCUUCUGGAUCUCGGCAGAUAGUAACCCUGAUUGUUGUCAGAAAUUGUCCUGUGUCAGGGGUCCUCUUUACUGAGAAAAGGCCAUACUUCCACUCACUUUUACAGCUGCCAGUUAAUCACUAUUAUUGCUCUGAUGACCAUUACAGCUGUGUAAGUGACAAGAGUUCCUGGCUGUAGGGAUAUAAAACUUUAUUCCUUUCUUGUUUGUCUGGGGCCUAGAGCAACAGCAGAAAACCUGUCCAUUGUCCCCCAGGCACUAAGUGAAAGUGAAGAUCAGAGGCAACUUAUCACUGGAGAUCCAGCUUAUUUGUGGAGAUGUAGCUACCAAACAGUAUGCAUGUGAAUUAUUGUGAAAUAUAAACAAGAAAUGUA